AAGAGUAAGAAGAGCACAAAACUGACAGAGUGAAGAACGACUGGGGAAAGAAAAAGUUAGUGUGGAAUUUAACGCAGAGCUUUGCGAGCAGAGAUGGAUGGCAAUGGUACGGGUCCGAAGAAGAAUGAUCAAAAUCAUGAUAACAAAGCAUCUGGUAAAACGUUCUUAGUCCACAACCGCUCAGGAAAUCACCUACCAGAGUUGGACUCACAGUCUGUGAUAAGAAAGACAGAGAAUGACAGCCAUGUGCCUGCAAAAGACAAAGGGGUGGAUAUAAUCAACAUCAAGGGCAUCGAGGACAUUGGAUAUGUCCAGCAGGAUUCCAUCCUGCUGAAUGCCCGGAUCCCGGAGGAAAACACGCAGUGCCGGCAAGGUCUCUACUUCCAAGAUGGUGAGAGGCGGGUGGACUACAUCCUCACCUACCAAAUCAAGAAACCCGGCAGCUCUCGCCGGCACUCAUCCCGCCUGAAAGAUAACGCCCUCACCCGCAGCCUGCGGCGGGGCCGGGGCCCACCGCCACCGCAGGACCCUGAGGCGGCCACGCAGGAGCCCGAUCUGCAGUCCCAUGAGGACGACAAGCGUGUCUGCCGGGAGGAGUUUGAGGGCAAUCUCAUGGAGACGGGCCUGGAACUCGAGAAAGACGAAAAUUCAAAAACUCCUGGGAUGGGCUUUGUGAAGAUACACGCUCCCUGGCAUGUCCUAUGCCGAGAAGCGGAGUUCAUGAAACUCAAGAUGCCCACCAAAAAAGUGUAUGAGGUCAAGCACGGUAGCAGCCUGGUUGAGAAAAUUAACGCAUUCAUCUCCAAGGUGACAGAACCCCUGCACCCAAAAGUGGAAGAGAACAGAAUACACAACGUCAAGCACCUUUCCUACCCAUUCUCACGAGAAAAGCAGCAUCUGUUUGAUUUGUCAGACAGAGAUUCCUUCUUUGACAGUAAAACAAGAAGUUCAAUAGUUUUUGAAGUACUGAAGCGCAUAAAAUGCACCAAAUACGAAUACAGCAUGGGGAUUACGAGCCUGCUUGCUAAUGGGGUAUAUAUGGAUGCUUAUCCUCUGCAUGAUGGGGACGUUGAUGGCGAAAAUGCUGACCCCAAUGACAGAAAGCUUUUGUAUGAAGAGUGGGCGAGUUACAGUGUUUUUUACAAGUACCAGCCCAUUGGCCUGAUCAGGAAGUACUUUGGAGAGAAGAUUGGCCUUUACUUCGCAUGGUUGGGUGUAUAUACCCAGAUGCUAAUCCCUGCCUCCGUGGUUGGGGUCAUUGUCUUCCUAUACGGCUGUGUCACGGUGAAUGAUGACAUUCCCAGCAUGGAGAUCUGUGACAAGAGGAACAACAUCACCAUGUGUCCGCUCUGUGACCGCGCCUGCAGCUACUGGAACCUCUUCAUGGCCUGCGGCACGGCCAGAGCCAGCCACCUCUUCGACAACCCUGCCACAGUCUUCUUCUCUGUCUUCAUGGCCUUGUGGGCUGCCAUGUUUAUGGAGCACUGGAAGAGGAGACAGAUGCGACUGAACUACAUAUGGGAUCUGACAGGCUUUGAAGACGAAGAGGAAGCUUUAAAGGAUCAUCCGCGAGCUGAGUAUGAGUUUCGAGUCAUGCAGAAGUCGCUAAAGAAGGAUCAGAAUGCACAGAAGUCGGAAAAAGAAAAAUUGACUUGUAAAGACAGACUUCCAGCCUACAUGACCAACGUUGUCAUGAUGCUGUUCAUGAUUGGCGUGACCUUUGCCAUCGUGUUUGGGGUGAUCGUGUACAGGAUAUCCACCACAUCGGCCCUGCACAUGAGUUCUGACCCCACCACCCGCUCCAACGUGAAGGUGACAGUCAAGACCACAGCUGCAAUUAUUAACCUGGUGAUUAUCAUCAUCCUGGAUGAAGUGUACGGGGCUGUGGCCCGUUGGCUCACCAUACUCGAGGUACCAAAGACCGACAAGAGUUUUGAGGAGAGACUGAUCUUCAAAACAUUCAUCCUAAAGUUUGUGAAUGCGUUCACUCCCAUUAUUUACAUCGCCUUCUUCAGAGGGAGGCUUGUUGGUCGCCCUGGAAAUUACCUGUAUGUCUUUAAAUCUUAUCGGAUGGAGGAGUGUACCCAUGGUGGCUGUCUGAUGGAGCUCUGCAUCCAGCUCAGCAUCACCAUGCUCGGCAAGCAGCUCAUCCAGAACAAUCUGUUUGAGAUCGGAAUACCCAAACUCAAAAAGCUGAUAAGGUACAUCAAGAUGAAGAAGGGCGCCUUUCAGGAAGAGGAGCAGCGAGAGAAGAAACUGCAGCGCUAUGAGACGGACCACUUCCUGGAGCCCUUUGCUGGUCUCACCCCUGAGUACAUGGAAAUGAUCAUCCAGUUUGGCUUUGUCACUCUGUUUGUGGCGUCCUUCCCACUGGCUCCGCUCUUCGCCCUGCUUAACAACAUCAUCGAGAUCCGUCUCGAUGCCAAGAAGUUUGUGGCAGAGCUAAGAAGACCUAUAGCUGCGAGAGCAAAAGACAUUGGUAUCUGGUAUAAUAUCCUAAGUGGGAUUGGCAAAGUGGCUGUUAUUGUGAAUGCAUUCGUGAUAUCAUUCACAUCCGACUUCAUUCCCCGCCUGGUCUACCAGUACAUGUACAGCCCAGACGGCUCCAUGCACGGCUUUGUUAACCACACCCUUUCCUACUUCAACGUCAGUGACUUCGAAGUGGGCAAGGACCCUCUGGAGCCUAUGCACUUGGGGUACAGGGUGGAGAUCUGCAGGUAUAAAGACUACAGGGAACCCCACUGGUCGCAGACUCCCUAUGAAAUUUCUAAGGAGUUCUGGGCAGUGCUAGCAGCCAGAUUGGCAUUUGUUAUAGUUUUCCAGAACGUGGUCAUGCUGAUGAGUGACGUGGUGGACUGGCUGAUUCCAGACAUCCCCAAGGACAUCAGUGUGCAAAUCCACAAGGAGAAGAUCCUUAUGGUGGAGCUCUUCAUGAAGGAAGAGAAGGGCAAGAUGCAGAAUUCAGAUAGUAUGGCUAUGCGGGCCGACAAAGACAACUGCAACAACCACAGCUCAGUGCCCCGCUCAGAGUCCACCCCGAAUUCACACGGAAGUGUCUACUAGCAUCCAUCCACACGUCUUUGUAUCCGUAUGUCUUUCACUAGCCCAUCGGUGUCCUUUAAUGUAGACUGGACAUUCCACAGCGGGAGUGUUAUCCCCAAGGAAGAGGUUGGAGCAGAACCUGUAGCUAUCACAAAACACCGUGCAUUUCUUAAGUACUUGCUCUGCAGAGCACGACAGAUGCUGUAAGCGCAUUUUAAACAGUUUGUGAAUGUGUGCAUUUAUUUGUAUUCUUUAUAAAAUGUCCAAUAGAGAGAAAAAUAUUUUAUUACUAAACUCUUUUUUUUUUUUCUUUUUCUGUUCUGCUGUUUGUGCCUCUUUUUCUGUUAUGUAUGUUAUGCUUUUUCAAGCUAUCCUUACAAUAAAACAAGCUAAUUUGUUUUAUAUUCAGUUCAUGUCAAGUUUGUGCAUCUAAAGUACGAGCAGUGAUUUAUCAGGGAGUAAUGGGAAAACAACUCCCAAACGAUCUCCUCCCCCCUCACCCAUUCAUCCCAAAUGACGUUUCCUAAGAGUGCAAUUGGCCCUGACACAGCGGUGGGUGGGAGAGCUGGAGACAGUGUGUCAUCGCCACCAAGCCAUAACUUGGGAAGGGAUACAGUGAGCAGUCUGUCAGGUUUCACCUUUGGUCAUGAGCUUCCUGUCCGCUUCUUCCAUUACAUCUGUGCCACCUGGAGGAAUUCUUUGUGAAGAAUAGUGUUGGGUCUGGAACUAUUCUAGACCUGCACAGAUGCCAUGCUACUUUUGUAUCUUUCCUUGUACAAAGUGUUUUUAUUAUUUUUUUAAUAUAACCCUUUCUCUGUAAUACAGAUGGUUCAAUGUAUCCAUGCACACAAUGCCUAAUGGAUACAUUUAUUUGUAUGUAGUGAGACUAAGAGAAUGAAUUUAUGAAGGAAAUCAGUUAAGCCUGUGCAUGUGUGUGUAUAUAUAUAUAAUAUAUGCGCGCACACACACACAUAUAUAUAUAUAUAUAUAUAUAUAUAUAUAUAUAUAUAUAUAUAUAUAUAAACACUUUUCUGUAGCAUGUAGAUAUGUUACUUAGCAUUUUCAGUAUACUUGAAGCUUUAACUACAAAUCACUUCUGUAUUAUCUGUAUAGUUCUUGUAACAUUAUAACAGACCAUGAUGGUAUUAAAGCUUAAAGAAUAUUCAAAGUGGUGCACAGUACAAAACGUUUUAUAAGCUCUGUCUUGUGGUGUUUUAUAUGUACCCUUCCUGUAAUUUCAUAAAUAGGAUGGAAUAUUCAUAGAGGCCUUUCGCAGUCCAUCUUAGAUUCAAAGUAACCGACUCGUUUCAAAACAUUAGUUUAAUAGGUGGAUUGGCUUCCAAAACAUCAUUCCAAGAGUGUAUCCAGUAGCAUAUUUCCUUCAGCCAGCACUUGCCAACGGUAUGAAAUUUCCUUGUAAUAUUCACAGGUAUGAAGCCCUAUGGCCAGGACACUAAUAUAAGUCGGUGAAUGAACUGGCUCGACACACUUAAUGCUUAUUUCUAAAUGUUUUAAAUUUUAUUUUAAUAAAAUAACUUGCUUUUGAACUUCUGCAUUACAUUUAUGUGCAUUGCCAACAUGCAUAAUGUGUGCCUGCAUCAUAAACGCAGCUUGGUGGUGGUGGUAUUGGUGGUGGUGGGGGGGGAAAUCAUACAGUUUUUGAUUUUUGUUUUAUAGAUUUUUUUUUUUUCCUUUGAUCACGCUGUCUGCUAUAAGGUCUUAAUAUAUCACUAUGCAUGUACAAAUCAUCAGUUUAUUUUGGAACACUAAUAUAAAGGCUAAGUGUAAAAAAAUAAAUAAAAUUUAAGUAUAAAUCCUACUGAACAGAAAUAAAGUUAUAGGAGCAUUAUUUUCAAAAAUGAGUUGAUUUGUAUAAUGAAAAUGUGCGGAGUGAUCUUAGUCCAUUCUUGAUGCUUCCUAUUCCGUCCCGAGUAACAUUACAAUGUACAAGUACAUACAGAACCUGACAUUUAAUAUAACCUCCACAUUUACUUUUCAUUUUAUUUGUCUUCAGCGGAUACUGAACCUGGAACCCCUUAUACAGUAUGAACUCGUUCAUCCAUGCAUUGAAAAAGUAUAAGUUCAUAGAAAUGUUAUAGUUUAUUUUGUAUUGAUACAGAUUUUGUCAUUAUAUACAACCUUUUGUUGGGAAAUGACCCCCAAGAAUAAAAAUGUAAUUUAAAAGUAA